AAAAAGAGAAAAACAGCAAAAAGCAGCUUCCUUCAGCUAUUUCUCGAUUAAAUUCCUUGGUGUCCCCGAAUCUCUCUCAGUAUUCACCAAAAACCCAGAUAGAGAAAAGCAAAAAUGCAGAUCAGAUCUGAAAGACCAUAGCUAUAAACCAACCGAGAUCGACUCAUCGUUAUCAGAUCCAAUCAACAUAAAACAGAAUACAAAUGGCCAGAAUAUUUGAGUACUUCGUGGUGUGCGGGCUUGGCCCCGAGAUUCGAACACUGGACGGGACGAAAGGAUACCAUGGAACUGAGUAUUUGUAUUUGCCUUCUCUGCUUGACCAGUAUCCGCCUCUCAAUCAUACCCUCUAUCCGCCGCCACCUCCUCAGCUCCCAACCUGUGUGUUGCCUGCUGGCGUGGAGUUGUUUCCAUCAGGCUUUGAUUCUAAUGAUCCCUUAUCUCAUCCCCGGAGCUAUCCCAUUGUUUUGACUGAGGGAGAUGGGUCAAAAAUUUAUGUCAGUUGCAUCACAUUUAGGGAUCCAGUUUGUGAGGACAUUGCAGAAGCUUAUCGUAUUCCGCCUAAUUCAUUUGCUGACAAAUGUAUCUGCGUUGUUUCACGUUCACCUUGUUUUCGUGUCCUUCGGGAGGCACUGGAAGAGAUAUUUGCACUUUGCUUUUCUCCUAGUGGUAGUAGCAAGCCGUUGUGGGAUGUUAUUGCACAUAUGGUCUCCAAUGUACCUUUGCCUACACCUGGGAAAGAGCGGGUUCUAUUUGCUAUUGACAAUUGUUUGCUUUCUGUGGAGGUUCCUCCAAAAGAUGGUCUACCUCAAGCAGAUAUAUCUUUUCAGCCAUUGGUACAGUGUUUGGACGUUGACAACUUGAUUAAACUUUUUACUGCUGUGUUACUUGAAAGGAGGAUUUUGAUUCGAUCAAACAAGUAUUCACUUCUGACCCUAGCAUCGGAGGCCAUAUGCCAUUUGAUUUAUCCAUUUCGGUGGCAGCAUGUCUACAUUCCAUUACUGUUUUUCAGUGGAGUAGACUACAUUGACGCUCCAACACCAUAUAUGAUGGGUCUUCAUUCAGGUGUUGAUACAUCAAAUCUUGGAAUGGACGGUGUAGUUAUCGUGGAUCUCGAGUUCAAUCAAAUCACCGCGACUGAAGAAAUACCACCGAUUCCUGAGCCAGAAUUAAGUUUAUUGCGUGGUGAAAUACUGAAAUUAUUGCAUCCAAAUGUGGUGGGGAUAGAUCUGAUGAGGGCUAAUUUCUGUGGUUCAUCUGAUCAGAAUCUUAAAAUCAUCAACAAGCCUUGGGGAGAAGAUCACGACCUUCAGCUAAGGUUGAUAUUUUUAAAGUUCUUUGCUUCAAUCUUAGCUGGCUACCGCAAUUUCAUGGAAAACAAUGCCACUCAUGUCUUUAACACUCAGGCAUUUUUGAAGAAGCGGUCUCGGUCAACCAACCAGCCAUCAGAGCCUAUGAUUGCACAAUUUCUAGAUUCUCAUGGUUUCUUGGAUUAUCUGGAGAGUGGUUUAGGUUCUGACGAAAACAAUGAUAAUCUUCUUGACAAAUUACAAGAUGCCCUAGGAAGAGGACAAAAUCCUCUUUCUAUUCUUCCUUCCAUCUUGGCAGAACCUGAGAUUGUAACAAUAUCUGAUCCAGAUGUUGGAGUAUCAGGAUCAGGUGCCAAAUAUACCUAUGACAGGUUCCCUUCCAAUGUUAGAACAGAAGAGCAAGAAGAGAAGCGAAAGCAGAUUCUUGCUGCUGUAAAUGGGGCUAUUGAGUACUCAGGAAGGCAAACCCCUAGUUCACCGUCUAUAAGUUCAUUGGAGAGGGCUGCAGAAAGAGAGCGCAUGGUUUUGGACAUACAAGUUAAGUUGCAGGGAUUAUGGCUACGUCUUCUGAAAUUGGAAGCAGGGGAAGAUCCGCUUUCAUCAUUUGAAUAUGGCACAAUUUUGGCUUUGAUUGAGUCUGACGCUGAGGGAAUUGGUGGUAGUGGUUUUGUUGUGUGUAUAAGAGAGCACAUAAAUUCAGGAUGGCAUGGUCAACUGACUGAAGAACAGUUUAUAGCUGUGAAAGAAUUGCUCAAAACAGCUAUCAGUCGUGCAACCUCUCGAAAUGAUGUUUUGACUAUUAGAGAUGCCCUGGAAGUGUCUGCUGAGAUGUAUAAGAAAGAUGCUAAUAAUGUUCCAGACUAUGUCCAGCGUCACCUUAUUUCUCUGUCUAUAUGGGAGGAGUUACGGUUUUGGGAAGGAUAUUUUGACUAUCUUGUGGAGCAGUCUUCUGACAAAUCUGCCAAUUAUGCAGCUUUGGUGACAGCACAGCUCAUUGUACUGGCCUCACACAUGGCUGGACUAGGACUUCCUGAUAACGAUGCCUGGUAUAUUAUUGAAAUAAUAGCAGAGAGAAACAAUAUUGGAUAUAAGUUGCUAAUAAAACUCAGAGGACUUUUGUCGCAUAUCCAUCAACUUCGUAUCAAUUACUGGGGUGUCUCAUCUGGGAAGCCACAAUUGCUACUGCCUCCUGGAUUGUCAUCACCACGUCUAAAGGAUGCUGCAGAUGAGAAUCAAGAACCUCUAGAGGCUUCUGGUGUUGGAAGGAGCUGGGUGCAGAGCAUGUUCAGCAGGGAUACAUCAUCAAGAACAAACUCAUUUAGCCGUGUUCGUAAAUGGGCUUCUGAUGGUGCUACAGAGAAUGGGAAUGCACGCAAACAAGAUAUGCCUUCUGCUGGGCAGAAGAAAACACAAACAAAUGUUCGCAUAUUGAGGGGUCAUAGUGGUCCUGUUACUGCUUUGCAUUGUGUAACUAGAAAAGAGGUGUGGGAUCUUGUUGGUGAUCGUGAAGAUGCAGGUUUCUUUAUCAGUGGAAGCACCGACUGUACGGUUAAGAUUUGGGAUCCUAGUCUUCGCGGUUCUGAACUUCGGGCAACGUUACAAGGACAUACAAGAACCGUCCGUGCCAUUAGUUCUGAUAGAGGAAAAGUUGUAUCUGGUUCUGAUGAUCUAUCUGUUAUCGUAUGGGACAAGCAAACAACCCAGUUGUUGGAGGAACUAAAGGGUCAUGAUGCACAGGUCAGCUGUGUGCGGAUGCUAUCUGGUGAACGUGUCCUAACAGCUGCUCAGGAUGGAACUGUUAAGAUGUGGGAUGUUCGAACUGAUACUUGUGUAGCAACUGUUGGUCGCUGUUCUAGUGCAGUUUUAUGCAUGGAGUAUGAUGAUACCACUGGGAUCUUGGCUGCUGCUGGCAGAGACGCGGUAGCAAAUAUCUGGGACAUUCGUGCUGGCAGGCAGAUGCACAAGCUUCUAGGGCAUACAAAAUGGAUACGGUCUAUUAGAAUGGUUGGAGACACUCUGAUUACGGGUAGUGACGAUUGGACUGCUAGAGUUUGGACUGUUUCCCGGGGAACAUGUGAUGCUGUUCUUGCUUGUCAUGCUGGCCCACUGCUUUGUGUUGAGUAUUCAGCAUCAGACAAGGGAAUAAUAACUGGUUCAACGGAUGGGCUGCUCCGAUUUUGGGAAAAUGAUGAGGAGGGUAUAAAAUGCGUGAAGAAUGUAACAAUUCAUACUGCUCCUAUCUUAUCUAUAAAUGCCGGGGAGCAGUGGUUAGGAGUUGGAGCAGCUGACAAUUCAAUGUCUCUCUUCCAACGGCCUCAAGAGAGGCUUGGUGUCCCUAACACAGGAUCCAAAAUGUCUGGGUGGCAACUUUAUCGGACCCCACAAAAGACCAAUGCUGUGGUACGAUGUGUGGUGUCGGACCUGGAAAGGAAAAGGAUAUGCGGUGGGGGUCGCAAUGGAGUUCUUCGGCUUUGGGAAGCCACAAUCAACAUCUGAGUUUGAAUUCUAUCCCUCCCCCACCUCCUACUGUUUUGUAUUUUUCUUUUUUUUGGUCACAUUAUCGUUUCUUUGGAAGUGAAAGAUGUUGUGGUGUGUAAUUUUGAUUGAAGAAUUAAUUAAAUUUUUUUAGCCAUAGUGGCUACUUUUUGUGGUUA